AUGUCGAAACACCACCCAGAUCUCAUGCUGUGCCGCAAACUGCCCGGCAUUGCCAUUGGUAGGCUCUGCGAGAAGGACGACGGCAAAUGCCCCAUCUGCGACUCGUACGUUCGUCCAGCAACCCUGGUCCGCAUCUGCGAAGAGUGCAACUUUGGCUCUUCGGGCGGCAAAUGCAUCAUCUGCGGUGGCCAAGGUGUAUCCGACGCAUACUACUGUGCUGAAUGUACACGUCUUGAGAAAGAUCGGGACGGAUGUCCCAAGGUGGUCAAUCUCGGUGCGAGCCGAACCGAUUUGGCAUAUCUUCGCAAGGCUAGAAACCAACAGCAACAAUUCCAAAGAGGCUAG